AUGGCGUCCGGCUAUGAUCGAGCAUUAUCAGUCUUCUCCCCCGACGGCCACGUCUUCCAAGUCGAAUACGCCCUCGAAGCAGUGAAACGCGGCACCUGCGCCGUCGCCGUGAAAGGGCAGUCAAUCGUCGUGCUCGGCUGCGAAAAGCGGUCCGCAAUGAAACUGCAAGACACCCGCAUCACGCCGUCGAAAAUCAGCCUCGUCGAUUCCCACGUGUGCCUCGCGUUCGCGGGCCUCAACGCCGACGCUCGCAUCCUCGUCGACCGCGCGCGCCUCGAGGCGCAGAGCCAUCGUCUUACUGUCGAGGAUGCGGUGACGGUCGAGUACAUUACCAAGUAUAUUGCGGGGGUGCAGCAGCGGUACACGCAGAGUGGAGGGGUGCGGCCGUUUGGCAUCAGCACGUUGAUCGUCGGGUUUGAUCCCGGGAGUCAGGAGGCGAGGUUGUACCAGACGGAGCCCUCUGGGAUCUACUCGGCGUGGAAAGCAAACGCCAUCGGCCGCUCCUCCAAAACCGUGCGCGAAUUCCUCGAGCGCAACCACACCCCCUCCCUCACCCGCGACCAAACCAUCGACCUGACCAUCAAAUCCCUCCUCGAAGUCGUCCAGACGGGCGCGAAGAACAUCGAAAUCGCCAUCAUGGCGCCGGGCAAGGAAAUCGAAAUGCUGGGCGCCGACGCGAUCGAGAAGAUUGUGGAGAAGAUUAAUGCGGAGAAGGAUGCGGAGGCGACGCAGAGGAGGGGCGCGAGGGGGGGUGGUGCUGCUGCUGGUGCGGCUACGGGUGCGGGUGGUGCUGGGACGGCGGCGGCGGCGAGUGCGCAGGGGCCUGAGCAGGUUUUGACGAGUAGGCCGGCGGGCGAGGGGCCGGCUGAGGAGUAG